AUGGCUUCCUUUUUCAAGUCUGCCCUCGUCGGUCUUCUGGUCGCUUCGGCUGCUGCUGCUCCAGCGCAGAUUCGCCCACCGACAGUGCAGCGAAGAUCUUCCAGCUCGAAGCGCGGUGCCGCAUACAAUGACGCUUCCCUUGUUUCUAUUUUGGCCGGGAGCUCCGAAACUAUCUCGUGGGCAUACAACUGGGGAUCCGAGAGCGAUGGAACCAUCCCCUCCGGGGUCGAGUACAUUCCUAUGCUUUGGGGAACUGACUCGAUUGACGGAUGGACUUCGGCCGUCAAAACAGCCCUCAGUGACGGAAGCAUGCACAUCAUGGGUUUCAACGAACCUGACUCAUCCUCUCAAGCUAAUAUGAGCCCGUCCGAUGCUGCAACAUACUACAAAGAGUACAUCACCCCUUAUGCUGAUGAGGCUACCUUGAUCAGUCCCGCUGUCACUUCUUCGGAAAGCUCUGGAGAAGGCCUGGAUUGGAUGGAGUCUUUCCUGGAGGACUGCACUGACUGUGAGGUCUCUGCUCUUGCCGUUCAUUGGUAUGGCAGCUCCUUCUCCGAGCUCAAAUCCUUUGUUACCGAAGCUAUAAGCACAGCGAGUACUUAUGGAAUCUCCGAGGUCUGGCUCACCGAGUUCGGAUUGAGCUCCGACGAAAGUGGCAUCUUAGAUCUUGUGACUGCGGCCGCUUUUGUGCUGGAGGCCAGUGUAUGGCUCGAAGCACAGUCCGAGGUUACUCGUUACGCCUACUUCUAUUGUGCGAAUGAUUUUAUGCUUACCGACAAUGUUGUCAACGCUGUCGGUGACGCUUAUGUUGCUGCUUCCGGUGCUUCAGCUACUUCAACUACUUCUUCCACCACUAUCGCAGCAACAACAACCUCUUAUUCCUCUUCUUCCACUUCUUGGGAGUCGACAAUCGCUUUCUCGACCUCGACCUCCGAAUCAACCGUUGUUCCUACACCAAUACCGACGCCUGUCUCUUCAAUUGAGCCUACCUCUGAGCCGGUUCCUGAGCCUACCACUUCGGCAACCCCGUCAGUUGCCCCCGCAGCAACAACCAGCACAGUCCCCGUCUACUCAGUCGCAACAUCAACCUCAGUUCCCGCGAUGUCGCCGAGCCCGUCUCCAUCUCCUAUCAGCUCGCCGUCGCCCUCUAGUUAUACUCUAACUCCUUCAACUUCAACUUAUGUCGCUCCCACGACUGCUCCAAUUCCAGACGAUUCGUGGGAGAACGGAGCCUGUUCCCAGGUUGUUAAGCAGAUUAUUGUUACCAGAGUUGUUCCUGUUUAG